GUGAUGUAUUUGCUGUUCCUCUUCAUGCUGCUGGCUGUGUACCGGCCUGCACAUGGCACCUGGGACACCUGCAGAGGGACCUGCGGGCUCCGGCCCAUGGCUUCUGGCUACCACUCCGUAGCUUCUGACUACAGAAUGCCACACGUGGUGCAUGGCAGAGGUGCCCCUCCAGGGGCCUGGCCCUGGAUYGUCAGCAUCCAGGAUCCCAGGAAAAUCGGCACGGGUCACACGUGUGGAGGGGCUCUCAUCAGCCCCCAGUGGGUCCUGACAGCAGCMCACUGCUUCCUGCGGGCCAGGAAUGUCACCCUGUGGCGGGUGCUGAUUGGGGCCACCCACCUGACUCACCUGGGCCCCGAGGUGCAGGUACGCCACAUCAAGCGGCUCCUGGCUCACCAGCACUACGCUGCUGCUUCCCAGCAGAACGACAUUGCCCUGCUGGAGCUGGACGAGCCCGUGGAGUGCAGUGACUACAUCCARCCUGCCUGCGUGCCYAAYGCCUCGGUUACGGUGUCAGACCUGAAAAGCUGCUACAUUGCUGGCUGGAGCUCCCCCAGUGCAAAGGCUCACGGCCCGAGUGAUGUCCUGCACGAGGCCAGGGUCCGUCUCCUCGACACCCAUCUCAUCAACAGCAGCCGAGGAUACGCUGGGGCCAUCCACCCCCACAACCUGUGUGCUGGCUACCCUCGGGGUGGCAUGGACACCUGCCAGGGUGACAGCGGAGGGCCCUUGGUGUGCAAAGAUAACAGUGCCAGCUACUUCUGGCUCGUUGGAGUGACCAGCUGGGGAAAAGGCUGUGCCAGAGCAAAGMGACCCGGGGUYUACACCUCCACCCAGCACUUCCACGAUUGGAUCGUGGGCCAGAUGGGGCUGUGCCCACCUGAGACAGCAGAGCCAGCCGGCACCGCAGCCCCCUGUAAGCUGCCAGAGCCAACACCAACAGAGUCAGACUGCACCACUCCCAUUCCACAUCCACGGCCAACUAAAACAACAGCUGCAACAACAGCUGCAACAACAACCACAACAACAGCUGCAACAACAACAACCACAACAACAGCUGCAACAACAACCACAACAACGGCUGCAACAACGGCUGCUCCAACAACACAGCCAACCCCCACCUGGGCCCCCACUGAGCAGCCAGAGCCAACACCAACAAACUGCACCACACCCACACCCACUACACAUCCACAGCCAACUGUAGUAACAGCCACACCACCAACACCAAAGCCAACCCCCRSCUCAACCCCCUCCGAGCAGCCAGARCCGCUGCUGCCAACACACCCAGUCUGGUCUAGACCUGCUCCACAUCCGUACCAGAUCCUUGUGCAGUUCUUAACUCGGGUGCACGAGAUGCUGCUGAGACUAAUGGGAAAGAAGCCAGGAGCAGCAGGAUGA